AUGACUGAGAAAGAGUUAGUUAUUAAGUCCGAUACAGAAAAAGAGGUGGUUCCGUUAGUUGCUGCUAUUGAUGUCGGUACCACAUCUUCACGUGUGAUUCUUUUCAACAGAUUGGGACAAGAAAUUUCCAAGCAUCAGAUCGAGUACAGUACUAGUGCUUCUCAUUCCGCAUAUUCUGCAAGCGGUGAACGAAGAUUGGAAGAGAAUAAGACCAAUGGUUCCAGUAACGAACAAACCAUCUUCAGCGCGGAAGGUAUUGCUAUUGAGGCCACGGAGUAUCUUGAGAUCGAGGAUCUAGAAAAAGAUGUAGAACCUACGUUAAGGUUCCCAAAACCGGGAUGGGUCGAAUGUAAACCAAUGAACAUUUUGGAAAACGUGGUUCAAUGUUUCGCAGCAAACUUGAUUACAAUGGAUCGCGUAAACGGCGAUAGAGUCUCUAAUGGUCUACCGCCUUAUCGCAUCAAGUGCAUAGGUAUUGCUAACAUGAGAGAAACAACUUUAGUAUGGUCAAAGAAGACCGGGAAACCUUUAAUCGAUUACGGUAUUGUAUGGAACGAUGUUAGAACCACAGAGAUAGUUCAAAAGAAAAAAGAUGAGACACCAGAAGAGUACCAAGAACAUUUAAGGGAAUUAACUGGAUUACCAUUGUUCUCUACAUAUUUCUCCUGUUCCAAACUUCGCUGGUUAUUAGAUAAUAUCCCUGAAGUUACCAAAGCUUACGAAGAAAAUGAUUUGGUCUUCGGCACUGUCGACACCUGGUUGAUUGCCAAUUUGACCCACAACAAUGUUUUAGUUACCGAUGUCACUAAUGCUUGCAGGACAGGGUUCAUGAAUUUAAAUACUAAGGAUUACGACGAUGAAUUGCUCGAUUAUUGGAACAUCGACAAGGCAAAGAUUCAUUUGCCAAAGAUUGUUUCAAGUUCUGAGUACUACGGUAAUUUUGUAGUUCCAGAAUGUACCAAGAAAUCUUUGACGUCCACAGCAUGGGAUCUUCUAUCAGCAUUUUCGCAAAGAGUUCCUCCAGUGCCAAUACAAGGUUGUCUUGGUGACCAAAGCGCAUCUUUGGUGGGUCAGCUUGCAUUCAAACCAGGCUCUGCCAAAUGUACUUACGGUACAGGUUGUUUCCUUUUGUAUAACACAGGAACUACUAAAUUGAUAUCAAAGCACGGUGCGCUAACAACAUUUGCAUACUGGUUCCCACAGUUAGAAAAUGAAGAAAACGAUUAUGGUAAACCACAUUAUGCCUUAGAAGGUUCAGUUGCUGUUGCUGGUGCCGUAGUUCAGUGGCUAAGAGACAACUUAAGAUUGAUUCCAAGAGCUGAAGAUGUUGGACCUCUAGCAUCAGCUGUACCAAAUUCCGGUGGUGUUGUGUUUGUACCGGCUUUCAGUGGUUUAUUUGCGCCAUACUGGGAUCCUGAUGCUCGUGCAACUAUUAUGGGAAUGUCACAAUACACAACAGCUUCUCACAUCGCUCGAGCUGCUGUCGAGGGUGUCUGCUUCCAAGCGAGGGCUAUUUUAAAAGCCAUGAGUUCUGAUGCUUUCGGCUCAGAAGAUAAGGACUUUUUAGAAGAAGUUGUUGAUGAAACUUACGAGAAAACUUUACUUUCGACUUUAGCUGUUGACGGUGGUAUGUCUAGAUCAGAUGAAGUGAUGCAAAUUCAAGCUGAUAUCCUAGGCCCCUGUGUCAAGGUAAGAAGAUCUCCAACUUCAGAAUGUACUGCUUUAGGUGCUGCAAUUGCCGCUGCUAUGGCUUUCAAAACAGAUGAAGAACGUAUUUUAUGGAAGAAUCUAAAGGACGUCAAAAAAUGGGUAUUCUAUGGAGGGGUAGAGAAAGGCGAGAAAGCUCCCCCAAGUACCACCAAUGACACGGAUCUGAAGGUCUUUAUAAGCAAGUCUUCGGACAAAAGUAGAAGAAAAGGUUGGAAGAUGUGGGAGACUGCAAUUGAGAAAUCUAAAGGAUGGAUGAAUGAAAUUCAAUUGUCAUAA